GGCAUAAACCUAGAACAAAUAAAGGCGCGGACUAAGUCACUGAACAUGCGGUGACGUAGUAAUUGUGGGAACAUAUAAAUACCGUUUCAUUAUGAGUAAUGUUCGGUGAAUAACACUGAUACGCUGAUAUUGUGCAUUUGUACCUUAAGUGGUUCAUGAAUUUCAACAUUAAAUAGUGACCAAGGAUCAGUUAUUACUUGCGUAACGUCAGAAGACAUAAACGAAACGUCUAGUCGUUUGAAAAAAGGCAGUAUGAUGCGGAUGUUUGCUGUCGUCGUUGUAACUCAUCUUGCAACGGUACUGGCAACACCAUGUUCCGAACAGAAUCGCACGAGCGCACUUAUCGACUGUAUUGACAAGGUCAAGACUCAAUUCAUGGACAACGACGCAUUUUGGUUCGGGAGACAGUACCCUACCAGAUGCCCGGGACAAGGAGCAACCAUUGACCCGAAGUGCGUGAAUAUCCGGCCGGAUGUUGCUGACAGUCUUGGUACCCGGCUUUUCAAAAGCAACGUGAUUAAUUCCAUUGACAGGUUCCUCUAUGUGCGGUUCGUAUCAAUCGGAAGAAACUACACUGGAUGCGGCACGACGUACACCUGGGAUGGCAAAGAGAGGAUUAAUAUUGACGUCGACCCACUUUCAGAUGACGUCGAGACGCCGUGGUUUGUUCGAAACACACCCAACAUAACCUGGAGUUAUAACGCUACAGAUUACUACACGUUGAUUGUUUAUGACGCCGGAUACUUGUUCGCUCAUGCCGUUUACGUUAACGUUAGGGGAAACGAUCUCAGCAGUGGGCAGGCUGUUAAGGAGUACCAUGGCCCGACACUCAGCUUCAAUCUUCAAAAUCCAUACAUAUUCCUGCUUUACAAGCAUUCCGAACCGGUGAAUGUGACGGAACAACUUAGAAACAUCAUUUUACGUGUCAACGGGACCGACCUUUGGCCUAUUCACGAUUUCGUACAAGGACUUAAUUUGGGAGAUCCUGUCGCUUUGAAUUGGAUGGUUGUCACGGGUGACGAAUAUGCGGCCGCCUUCGCAGAAGAGGAGAACGGAAUGUUCUAUUGCCCGGAGUUCUCCACAAAUGCUUUGCACCGAAUACCCCGCCCAUUCUUCAGCAAUUUUACUCAGCUUUCGGUUUGGUUGGACGUUACCAUGACGACGUCCAUUCUACACUACUCGGUCUGUUGUAACAAGUUCACAUUCGGUGCUGGGGCCCAACAGUUGGACCCUAUAGGAAACCGGAUCUACCACACUGCGGAUGUGAGGAGCGAGGCCAUAGUCACUUACUCACUUAAGAAGGCCGGUUACCUUCCAUCGGACUUCACGGAGAUGUACAGCAUUGUGACCAUGGACCCCGAUGUUCCAUCGCCCACCGUUGGGACUCAGGAACGGCCCAAGUUACAUGGCUUGUUUAUAAACAUCAAGGAUGGUAACUUCAGCACUGGUGAGUUAGUCCACGGCUAUUCGGGGCCCACGCCACCCGACAACAAGCCCCACUACUACUACUUCAUGCUGUACAGACAUGACGGCCCCCUGAACGCGACGACAAUGCCAUCGUACUCAUCUGACCCCAGUGACGGAAGAUAUCUGUUUGACAUCAACCGCCUGGUGUCCGACCACAACAUGACGCUAGUGGGUGCCAAUUGGCUGCGCGCGACGACGGACGAUUACGUCACUUACCGCCUCGUUGCUAGGGAACCUGCAAACGAAAAUUCAUUGUGCGCGAACUACCCCGGAUAUAGCAAACCGUGUCCCACUUCCGGGAGUUCUAGGGCUUUUAUGAUGCACAAAAUUUCACUUCUCUUUGUUGGUUUGUCAUUACGUUUUGUGUAUAUAGUGUUUUCUGCGUUGAAGUAAACUUGGACUUUAGAUGAAACAACAGAUGUAACAGUUGGCAUAAGGCAAUUGAUUUUCUAAUGAAAUAUUUAUGGCAAGCAGUUCGACGCAUAAUCCCAAGAAACAAGGUUUUUCAUGAGAACCUAUGGUUCCCAAAUGAAAUCUUGGGAUCUAAUGAAAACUUAGGAUAUCCGAGAGAACGACGCGUAAAGCUUUCGAGAACCUAGGUUCCUGUGAAAACCUUAGAUAUCAAACAAGAACUUUGGUUAUCAGAAUAAGAACCUAGGUUCUCAUAAAAAAAACGAGUUUUUCAUGAGAACCUAAGUUUUCUGUGUCUAUGAGAAACUAGGUUCUCAUGAAAAACCUAGUUUCUCAUGAGAACCUAGGUUCUCUAGCGUAAACUAAGGUUUUCAAAUGAGAACCUAGGUUCUCAUGAAAAACCUAGUUUCUCAUUAGAACCUAGGUUUUCAUAAAAAAAACUAGUUUCUCAUGAGGACCUAGGUUCUCAUGCAAAAACAAGGUUUCUUGGGAUUUCAUAAACCUAGUUUCUCAUGAGAACCUAGGUUCUCAUGAAAAACCUAGUUUCUUGGAAUUUCAUAAACCUAGUUUCUCAUGAGAACCUGGUUUCUUGGGAUUAUACAACAGGCAUAAGCCGUCGGUGACCGCCUCUUUUUCAUAUGUACGACAUUUUUCGUGCAUGGGUGUUCUUGAGGAAUGAAAGUAGUAAAGAAAUCGGUCUACAUUGGUCUGAACUCAUGAAUAAAAUAUUAAACUGUUUAUGAAAUACAUCUUUAAUUGUAAAUAUUAUUUUGAGACUAAAAAUUGAAACAAAUUCAGAUCAAUCGUUACAUAAUUCAUUGAUACCGCAUUAAAUGAGUUUCAGAUAUUCAGUUCCCUUGCUUGGGCCUCAAACGACUGUACGGUACAAUAUUGGGCUAUUUCUAAGUUUUCUAUUUUAAGUAUGUCUGUUAUAUAUUACAGAAAUCAUUAUGUUAUAAAUAGAAGUUUAAUCUCUAUUGAUAAUGUGUAAAAAUGUAUUAUUCAAUCUUGAGAUAUCGGCCCACAGUGCAAGAAAAACUUAUGCACUAAAGACUUUGCAAACAUAUUUCAACAACUUGAGAUAUCUGCAUAAAAUAAAGUAUUUAACGGCGUGUUUUGAUUCUGUCCAGCCCGUGUGUAAUCAUUUGUGAACCACAUUGAUCCUGCGCCCUGAAUAAUAUGUGUCCCGUAUUCGUAACAAGCAAGUUCACGCCGUCCGACGCGUAAUUCUGGAAACCUAUGGUUCCCAAAUGAAAACCACGGAUUUAGUAUUAAAGAUGAGAACUUAAGUUCUCAUCAUGAGAACUAUGCUUUUCACUGUGUAAUUCUGGGAACCUAGGUUCUCAUGAGAACUAUGGUUUCCAAUUGAAAACCACGGAUUAUGGCAAGCAGUUCGACGCAUAAUCCUAAAAAACUAGGUUUUUCAUUUGAACCUAGGUUCUCAGAACCAGAACUUUGGUUUUCAAAUGAGAACCUAGGUUCUCCUAGGAUAUCGUAUAAAAAAACUCGGGUUCUGGAAGCCAUGUGCAAUCUUCAAGCGAGAACCUAGGUUCUCAUGAAAAACUUAGUUUCUUGGGAUUAUGCGUCGAACCGCUUGCCAUAAAUAUAUACCAUUUUUCUAGUAUAUAAAAGUAUGUUUUCAUAAUGUUUUAUAUCUACGCGCGUGUGUAAUUUGUUAUGUAAAUGAGAAUACAACUGAACAUACGUCAGUUCAAAGUGUGAAUCUAUGUAAAAAACUAGGUUUGUAUUUUUUUUGUUAUAAGUGUAAAAACGCAACAACAACAACAACAACAAAACAUAUCACUGUAGAGAAAUCUGGUUUAUUAGUGUGGUUCAUUGUUUAAAUAAUAAAAUAUCUUUCAAUUUA